AUGCUACUAGAGCACGGAGCCGAUGUCAACGCCCAGGGUGGACACCACGGAAAUGCACUCCAGGCAGCUUCUUACGGAGGAUACGACAACAUCGUGCAGAUGCUACUAGAGCACGGAGUCAAUGUCAACGCCCAGGAUAGCUACCACGGAAGUCCGCUCCAGGCAGCUUCUUCUGGAGGACACGACAACAUCGUGCAGAUGCUGCUAGAGCACGGAGCCGAUAUCAACGCCCGGGGUAGAAUGUACGGAAAUGCGCUCCAGGCAGCUUCUUCCAGAGGACACGACAACAUCGUGCAGAUGCUAUUAGAGCACGGAGCCGAUGUCAACGCCCAGGAAAGAUACCACGGAAGUGCACUCCAGGCAGCUUCUUCCGGUGGAUACCACAGAAUCGGGCAGAUGCUGCUGGAUCCCGGAGCCGAUCAAUCUGUACGCUAUCGCUCCCCUUUCAAAAGGCUGAAGAAUUUUAUGAGUCGUAAGAAAUAUACAGUCUAA